GCGGCACGUGGCCUCACUGGGCGCCCUCGGCGGAGCUCGGCGGAGCUGCGUGGCUAUGGAUGUGGGCGCCGACGAGUUCGAGCAGAGCCUGCCUCUGCUGCAGGAGCUAGUCCUGGGCGCGGACUUCGUGGGUCUGGACAUAGAGUUCACCGGCCUUCGUUCUAACCUGUCCAGAACGCAGCAGAUCAGUCUCUUUGACUUGCCAUCAGAGUGGUAUCUAAAGACCCGUCAGAGUGUUCAGCAAUUCACAAUCUGUCAGAUCGGAUUGUCCGUGUUUUCUAGUAUUGAAGGAGAGUCAAACAAGUACGUAGCCCAUUCGUGUAACUUCUUUCUCUUCCCUACAACGUUUGGGAUUUUGGAUUCAGAAUUCUCUUUCCAGGCUUCUAGUGUUCAGUUUUUGAAUCAGUAUGGCUUUGACUAUAACAAGUUUCUCAAAAAUGGAAUCCCGUAUAUGAAUGAAGAACAGGAGAAGAAAAUUAAACACAACAUCCUGACUGGGAACUGGAAAGUUCGCAGUUCUCUGGACAAAGACCAAAUCAAGGUGGUGAUUGAUGAGGUAACGCGGUGGCUGGACCUGGCAGAGGAAGGCGACUGGAUGACUCUCCCUGGUAUCUCUGGCUUCCAGGCCUUCGAGGUCCAGCUACUGCUGAGGCAGGCCCUCCCCGACAUCUGGACGGUGCUGCGAGACCAAGGAGUGGUAGUGAAGAAAGUGAGUAAACAACAUCGCUGGUAUCUGGAGAACAACUCUUGUGAUCGAGAGAGCUGUUGGAAGGAGAAGAUUCUUCUCUCUGCGAGGGGUUUUUCUGUGUUUUUCCAGAUGCUGGUGAAAGCCCAGAAGCCCUUAGUGGGACAUAAUAUGAUGAUGGAUCUGCUGCAUCUCCAUGACAAGUUCUUCAGACCUCUCCCAGAAAGCUACGAUCAAUUUAAGCUGAAUAUCCAUAACCUGUUUCCUGUCCUCAUCGAUACCAAGAAUGUGACAAAGGAUAUCUGGAAGGAACUGAAUUUCCCAAGGGUUUACAAUCUUUCCGAAGUUUAUGAAGUCCUAAACAGUGACUUGAAUCCCACCAAGAAUUCUGGGCCCGUGAUUAUUCACGCAAGCAAGUGUGAAAAAUAUGUUGAGACCAAGUACCCUCAUGAAGCAGCAUACGAUGCCUUCCUCUGCGGAUCAGUUCUUUUGAAAGUGGCACACUUGCUUCUAUGGAGAGUACACGGUGCUGGCUCCAUACCUGAGCCCUCCUUCCCCCUGUACCUCGACGUGCUGGCUCCCUAUGUGAACCAGGUGAAUCUGAUACGAGCUGGCGUCCCUAAGAUCAAUUUUUCGGGUCCAGAUUAUCCCAGCAUCCGACCUCCCAUCCUCAUCCUCAGUGUCAGGAGGUGGCCUGGGGUCAGUGAGCAGCAAGUAUAUCGUGAGUUCCAGAAUCUCUGCAAAUUCGAUGUCCGGCGACUCACACGGAGCCAGUUCCUGCUCUUGACCAAUAAGUUUAAGGAUGCUCGGAGUAUCCUGAAGGAAUACAAGUGCCACCCUACCCUGCAGGUCGCCCUGUAUCGGCACUGGAGACACUCGCCGAACGUCAACUGCUUGUUACAAGUCUGUGGCAUAGUCACCACCUGGGCCCUUGUGGCGUUUCUUCUGGGAAGACCUCGCCCCUGAUGCGGCGAGGCUGUCUACAGCUAGGUCCCAUCUCCGCGCCUCUCUGGGACGGCCAUCCUGGGUGGUUUGUGUGACUCCUACUGGCAGAUGGAACUGUAUGGUCCUUACAAGGAAUUUUGUUGUUUUGAAUGAGAAAUUCUGUAAAU